GGAUAUCAUUAUCAGAAAAUGUGGGUGAAUAUAACGUUAACCAUUCAGUGGACUACUAACUCGGUUCGUUAGAGCAUCGGAUUUAAGACUGCUGUUAAGAAUGAGUUUAUCCAAAGAACUAAGAGGCACCGAUUUGUUUAUAUGGUGUACUGGUCAUGCAGUUGGUACUGGGGCAACAUCGACAGUCUUUGUUGGGCGUUAUAAGAAAACUGGUGAACAAGUUGCAAUCAAGGUGUUCAAUGAUAUGUCUUAUUCCCGUCCACGUGAUGUACGAACACGUGAGCUAGAAGUUGUAAGAAAGUUGAAGCAUAAGAACAUCGUGGAGGUACUGGCCAUUGAAGAAGACCACGUGUCUAAACAGCCAGUCAUUAUCAUGGAGUUAUGUCGCGGAGGUUCGCUAUUACAAUAUUUAGACGAACCUGAAAAUAUUUUCGGAUUGACAGAGAAGGAAUUCUUAACUGCCUUGAAACAUAUUUGUAAGUAGGAAAUAAAAAAAUCAUUAUACAUAUAUAUGUGCGUGCGUGUGUGUGUGUAUAAAUAUAGGCCUA